CUGGCACAGAGACUGACAGAGGCCUUUCAACAAAAACCUCAGAAAUAUCCAGUCUGUGUUGCAGAGCUGAACCUUAAGGAAGGAGUUGUGAACCUUAUGAGCGAUGGAGGAAAUUUAUGUUAACAGUGGUUUUAUCAAGUCUGUCGAACCGCGACCUUCAACAAAUCAGAGAGGUCCCAGGAGGUUUCAUGGAGCCGUGGUUCUCUGUCUGGGGCUGCUCUGUGUCGUCCCUCUGGCUGGACUCAUCAGCCUCGGCGUCGCCUACUAUGCCUCUGAACGGUGUUCGGCUGCACAUCUGUCCACUAUCAGGGACAACCUGACUGAGUGUCUCCAAGCCAGCAAUACAACGUUUCCCUGCCUGACUGAAAAUGGAGACCUGCUCAAAGACAGAAUCACAGAAACGACCAAAGAGCCGAGAUGUUCCUGUCCUGAAGGAUGGAAGAUGUUCCAUUGUGCCUGUUUUUUCCUCUCUGGUGAGUCUGGCAACUGGGACAAAGGCAGAGACGACUGCAUAGACAGAGGAGCAGAUCUGGUGGUGAUAAACAGUGCUGAAGAACAGACAUUCCUCUCCAACUUUACCAAGGAAAAAACUAUGGCUUGGAUUGGUAUGACUGACAGAGUGAAGGAGGGGGCCUGGACAUGGAUCGAUCGAACUCCAGUGACUUUCCAGUACUGGAAGACAUCACAGCCUGAUAAUGGUGGUGGACAUCACACACUUGGACACGAGGACUGUGCCCAUAUCAUUAUUGGAGGCAGUCACUUGAACUGGAAUGACUUGUCUUGUAAAACCAGUCUGAGGUGGAUCUGUGAGAAAGUGGUUUAGCACUGGGGCAUAUGUAGAUUAGUACCUUCAGAUCAUGGCUCAGUUAGUAAUAAGGAAAAUCAUUUAUCAUUAUAUCAAUCAAACUAACAAAUGGUGGCUCAUUUCUUCUUCAUGAAUCCCCUUAAGUUACACGUAGGGGGUAUCAUUGACGCUGUCAUUGCCAGCAAGCGUAUUGUUAAAAAACUGCUUGUGAUCGCCAAUAGUUCAGACGUAGGGCUUACAGAUAACUUCAGGUCUUUCUCUUGAGUCCAUGGAUUAACUGAUCAUGCAGCAGCCAUACAUGAUCUACUGUUUUUGAGCUUACCAGAUACCACCAGCCACAUUUACCAAACGUUCAUUCUUUCUUCUGUUCUUAAAGGACAUGCGCAGACAAGCUAGCUCUCAGUGCAAAGCGAAUAGACUCAUAACAGGCUAUUGUAAGGCUCAUGGGUCAUGACAGGCUGUAACAUGGACAUGUACGUUAUGAACAGAAAAACUAAAAUGCUGGAAUACAUUUCUGCCUGCAAAAUUAAGCGCACACUCAAUGGAUCGACUAGUUUGGACUACCGGAAGACAGGGAUGUCAACAUGUAUGUAGCUGCUUGCACAAACACACUGUUUUAACUACUUUUGUAUUCAUUUUGAGUCAUACAUGCUACAGUGCUGCGUUGUAAGGUGUCUGCUGAUGUUGCAUAACUUUUGGGGUGAGAUGUGGAGCAUGUUAAGACACUUAAAACACAGUGUAAAGUUCUCACCCUAUGCUGUUAGCUGUCAAUGCUAACUCUCCGUUCACAGAGCCUGUAAUGGUUGCACCAAAAGUGUUCACAUCUUCGGUACUGGCAAGUCAAGGGUAGCUUGAGCAAUGAAGCUGCAUGUUGAAAUCCACCGAAGGUCUCCUUUAAGUAACAUGAAUUGCAUGCUCCAUAAAAACUUGCCACAUCAGCAUUGUUUUGUGUUUGUGUCUUACUAGGCUGCACUUUUCAGAGUUUAUUUUGAUGAGCCCAAAGAACACCUGCGCAGUGAUCAUGCUCUUUUCUUACAAAUAGCUCUGUUAAAGCCAACACUUAUUUUUACAUUUAUAUGCUCUGUUAUACUUAAUGACGUGUUAGAUCAGAAUGUGUCUUUAACGAUUUAAAUUACUCCUUUAAAGAAAACCACGUUAUAGACUUUCUAAUGUUAUGUCUUCUAAAAUAUCUUUUUGACGCUUUUACACAUUAUGUUUUUAUGGUUGUUCCCCCAAUGUUCUAUAAAGAAACCAACUGUUUUCUAAAAUAGGUGGUUUUCUCUUGACAAUGUGUGUAACAAUAAUGAAUGAAUAUGAUUGACUUUUGUGUUGUCCAUGUUCUGUCCAUGAGCUCUGCAUUUCCUACUCAUACAUGUCAUGUCAUGUCAUUGUCCGUAACCGCUUAUCCCCAGUGGUUAAAUUGGCUUUUGUAAGGAGGGGGACCCCUUCUUUACUCAGCGGCUAUUAUCUCUCAAACUAUUUUUGGGGUUUUCUUGCACCAUCAGCGUAAUACAUAUGUUAACAACUUAUGGCCUUCUUGAUUAUAUCUCACAUUCACAUAUUGGUAACUUAUUAAGCCUACAUUUCACCAUCAAUCUACACUGUAAUUUGUAAAACGUAUUCACAAUAUACAUAAUCAGUUCACAUAUUAGCAACAUUUAUUUCCAUCUCUUCAAUACACAUGAAAUAUUUGCAUUGUUUACACCUCACCAUCAAUUCAUAUAGUUAUUUACAUCUCACACAUACAUCUGCGUGUCAAAACAUCAAACCACAUAUCAGCACACAAUUUCAUUUAUAACUUUACAAAUUGGAUUCAGUUCAAGUUUCUGCCCCUCCUGUCUCUUCGGGUCAUAGCCCACAUGUUUUUCUGGGUUCCAUUAUAGUGUUCAUAAGGGAAAAUCCUCUUUCACAUUCUGCUGUGCCACCUUCGGUGCGUCAGCAGCACCGUGUGUGCCACUGUGAAGAUUUGAGGUUGGCAGAAUUUCUAAGUGGUCAAUACCUUGUUUCCCUACUGGUAGAUAAUCAUUAUCAGUGUCAUGUCAUGUCAUUGUCCGAACCGCUUAUCCCUUUCCAUGGGGUUGCGGGGUGUUGCAGCCUUGUGUCAGGGCGAGGGCAGGGUG